GUAACUGUAAAUAAACAAUAGUUGUUUCAAAAGGGGAAAACGUCGCAGUUAUGUUUCAUUAGUACAAGAGUUAAAUGUACGUGUAGUUGUUAGACAAUCCCUAACUAAAAAGCAACAAAAACAGACUAGUGUACUACUUUAAAAGGCGAUUUUUGUUUUUCCUUCCCUUAGUACCUACUUUUGCUAGCGGCCGAAAGUAAUUAAAAAGCACAUGUGCAUUAGUGGUGGUUUGUAUUGUCAUAGCAGGCCAACGUAAAGGGUUAAAAAGGCAAACAGUUUAGUGGCGCAUGCUCGGUUUCGCUCUCUACAGAAGGGGCUCAUUGGCGAUGCGAGUCCGAGAGAAUCGACUAAUCCAAAGAUUUCCAAAAGAGAACUGAAACAGUACCAUUUUCUGCCAUACAAACACACCCGGAUAACUCCAUAACAAACUUAUUACACAAGGAGAAAGUGUAACAAAAUGACCAGGUAGCUGAAACCGUGCGGAACAUUUUUUUCUCCACGGGAACGUUAUGUGGAGAGGGCUUAUUGCCAUUGCUUGGAGGACAACGCCUGGAUAAGGAAGAGAGGACAACAUUUGACGUUACUUCGGGACGGCAGUUUGUUCAGGAUACUUUACAGAGAUGGUGAAUGCAGUUUGUUGUCGUCUCGCUAAAGGCGCCUUUAUGUGGCUGAUGCUCCACGCGCUCAUCGACUGCAGUGGAGGCUCAGUAAGCCAGCAGACGUCUCAGCUCUCCUCGUUUGAGGUGACGGUCCCGAGACGCAUCAGCAGACAGAGGAGAAACCAGGACAGUGCAGAUAAGGUGUCAUACAUAAUCCAAGCUCAAGGAAAAGAACACGUCGUCAUCCUGGAGAGAAAUGAAUUGCUUCUUCCAGAGGAUUUCACUGUGUACUCUUAUGCCAAAGAUGGCUCGCUGGUCACCGAGAAAACAAACAUGAUGGGUCAUUGUCAUUACAGUGGUUACAUAGAGGAUGUGGAGGGCUCUUCUGCAGCACUCAGCCUGUGCUCUGGGAUAAGGGGUGUUAUCCACACGGAGGGCACCAGUUUCGGUAUUGAACCAUUGGAAGGUUCCUCCAGUGAUGAGCACUUGGUGUAUCGUUUGGAGGAUGUCAAGACAGAACCUCUCAGCUGUGGAACGCCUCACUUUCAUAACCAUGAUGACGAAGCUUCACCAAGGCAACCUACAGACAGCCAUGUCCAUAACAUCACAUUUGGUCAAUUUGGCAGCCAUCUAAUCAGGAAAAAGAGAGCAGUGCUGCACCAGACACACUAUGUGGAACUGCUAAUGGUGGUGGAUAAUGAGAGAUUUAACUACAAAAAAAAGAAUCAAACAGCAGUACGUGAGGAGGUGGUUCAGAUCGCUAACUAUGUUGACAGUAUGUACAUUGCUCUGAAUAUCCGUAUUGUGUUGGUGGGACUGGAGAUAUGGUCUGCGCAGAACUUCAUCAAUACUGAUGGCAGUGCUGGAGAGGUGCUGGGCCGCUUUACUCAAUGGAGAGAGAAAGAGCUGGUUCACCGUCGUCGCCAUGACAGCGCACAGCUCAUCAUAAAUAAAGGAUUUGGUGGAACAGCAGGCAUGGCUUUUGUUGGCACGGUUUGUUCCAGAAGUCAUGGUGGUGGAAUUAAUUCGUUCACCAAUAAUAAUGUGAUGUCAUUCGCCUCAAUUGUGGCUCAUGAGCUGGGUCACAAUCUUGGGAUGAACCAUGAUGAUGGCCGAAACUGUAAAUGCGAUGUCACGCACUGCAUUAUGAACUCAGGGGCAACUGGUUCUCGUAACUUCAGCAGCUGUAGUGCUGAUGACUUUGAGAAGAUGAUCUUGAACUCAGGUGGCCGUUGUCUGCUGAACAUACCGCGGCCGGACGAGGCUUACAGCGCCCCCUUCUGCGGGAACAAGCUGGUGGAUGUGGGCGAAGAGUGUGACUGUGGGUCAGAGGAAGAGUGUGUGAAGGAUCCGUGCUGUGAGCCGAAGACGUGUAAGCUGAGGUCAGGUGCACAGUGUGCGUAUGGGGUCUGCUGCAAGAACUGCAGGUUUUUGCCUGGUGGUACAGUGUGCAGAAGCAGCACAGAUGAAUGCGAUUUGCCAGAGUACUGUAACGGCUCAUCUGCCCUCUGUCAGAACGACGUCUUCAAACAAGACGGCCAUCCCUGCAAACAAGGCCAGGCUUACUGUUACAACGGCCAGUGCCAGCACUACGACACCCAGUGUCAGGCCAUAUUCGGCACAAAGGCUAAAGCUGCUCCUGAGCUGUGUUUUAAGGAUGUCAACUCUAAAGGCGAUCGCUUUGGAAACUGUGGCUACCAUUCCAAUGGAUUCAAGAAGUGUGAGAGCAGGAACGCCAUGUGCGGGAAGCUGCAGUGCGAGAACGUUCAGUCCUCAGUCAUAUUUGGCAUCAAGCCGUCAAUCAUCCAGACCCCCAUCGCUGGCACUACCUGCUGGGGUGUGGACUUCCUCCUGGGCUCUGACGUGCCUGAUCCCGGCAUGGUCAAUGAGGGCACCAAGUGUGGAGAAAAUAAGGUUUGUCUGAAUUUUGAGUGCAAAAAUGCUGACGUGCUGAAUUAUGACUGUGAUGUUGAAAAGAAAUGCCACGGCCAUGGGGUGUGUAACAGCAAUAAAAACUGCCACUGUGAAUACGGCUGGGCUCCUCCGUUCUGUGAGGCCUCUGGUUAUGGAGGAAGCGUCGACAGCGGCCUCACCUGGAAUGAUAAAGAUACUUCCACAAGGGAUGGUCUGCUUGUGUUCUUUUUCCUGAUUCUUCCUCUCUUGGCGUUGGGUUUGUUUGUGUUCUUCAAGAGGAAUGAGCUGAAGCGACGCUUCUUCAGAAAGAAACGCUCUCAGGGCUACGAAGCUGACAGCAGACCGCAGACUACUGUGUCCCAGCGGGGAAACCCCAGCAGUAUAGUGAAGGACGGGCACCAGGCUCAGUUAUUGCCACCAGCGGAGGUGGUUCAGACUAAUAAAUCAGCCUCUGUGCCAUCUUACGCCACCAGACCGCCACCACCUCCGUUUGCACGACCACCUGCUCCAACCCAACAUCUUAUGCCUCAAAGACCAGCGCCUGCACCUCCAGUAUAACACAACACACACGUCCGACUGACAGUUGUAUUUCUGUCUGGGAUGGACGGGCCAAGUGUGAAAUGUGCAGUGGGAGGAGUCGAGGAGGAAUCAGCUGGUCGCACCCUCUCCCCACUUAUUCUCCCCCUCCGUCUGCAAACAGCUGUCAACUGUCAAUCAAACCGAGAGACGGUCACUGUUGCGAAAGAAACCUCUGCUCGCAAUACAUCGCAGAGAGCAUGAUGGGAGCGAGAAAACUCUUUAGCCAAUUAAACACCUCCCACCUGUCACCCGACAAAAAAGAUGUCUAUGGCAACACACCGAUCUCCUUAAUUGUGUUACGAUUCUUAUGUGCUAUAUAGGACCACUGCGACUGAUUGCACUUCAGUAAUAUCCACUGUUUAUAGGAAUGUACAGAAACCCUUUGAUCAUAGGCUGGCUUUAAAGUAUUCGUUUGAUUCCCCCCUUUUUCAUUUUUGGUGCAAAAUAUAUUCUGAACACCACAUUCAAUCUUUUUUCCCCCCAAAAAACGUGUUAUAAUGUAUAAAAGACAAAUGCGAUAAUUUAGUUUAUGAGGCAUCCUAUACAUUUUACAAGGUUAUCAAGUCAUUCGUAAUAUCUAAAUGGCCCAUGGUAACUGCAAAUCGCUCUCUUUUGCACUGUGGCGCAUUAUAUUCAUGAUUUAGGUUUUCUAUACAGAAGUGCAAGUACAUGAUUUUGUUUUUAUCAUUUGAAAUUGUUGUUACCCAACACAUUGAUUUAAAUCUAUGAUUUUAGCAUUUAUACAUAGUUUUACUUACAUACUUUUAUUUAUACACAACUUUUAUAGAAAUUCUAUUUUUUACUUUAUUUGCCAAGUGAAAUUCUGUCCCCACUGAGGUAAAAAUCAGGUAAACAUGAGAACUUGUUUUUAAAAAUGACUGAUUUGUGACACUUUAUGUUUGACUGUUGGUUUUAUUGUGGUGUUAACAUGUUUUUUUUUAAACUACAGACAAUAACAAUGAAAGCAAAAUAGAAACUUUUCUCCUAUCGUUUUCAAGGGCUACAUGACUUUAUGCAUGAUAUCACAUACUAUGCCAUAAACACAAAGUCUCUUCCUUGCUGAAACUGUUAAAUAAGAACGAAAAAACACAUUUUGUCUGCAUGUUUCACAGACCUCUUAAUACCACAAGAGGUAGAGUAUGUGUAUAAAGUCAUGCACCCUCAAACAAACCGCUGUAAGUGUCUGUUGUAGAGCACAUUGGACGGUAUCCUCACACUAGGACAUUUCCAUCAUAGCAAAAUCAAAAAGUGCCAUACAAUACAUGUCUGAUAACAACGAGUGUUAUUUUACAUUUACGAGUGUAUUAUGCUAUUGUGUAUGAUUGACUGAAUGAAUGAUAGAUUCCCCCCCUUCUUGCACUGCAUUUCCAUUUGUGUGUAAUGCCCGGUCUAGCAGCUGGUAGCAGUUGUGGAUUCUGGAUUUCUGAUGUUUUAUGGAUCAAGGAUGGACUUUUUCAGGAUGGGUUUAUUUUGAGCUACCUUCAGUGUGAUGGUGAUGAUUUCAGUUUUUGCAUAUGAAAAUAAAAAUCACUGGUAUGUUUUUAA